AUGGAGCCCCUCCAGAGAAGGUAUGAUGAGAGAGCUGGAGACCAUAUUUAUAAAAACUGGUUGAAAGUCCUGUGGGGACUGGAAAAGAUCUCAGAAACUCUCUACAGUGAACAAUCAAGACCUCUUGCUCCAGGUCUCCUGACUCUCAACUGGCUAACUGCAGGUUUUUGUGAUCCCCCGCCCAAACUUGUGUACGCUGCCCCAGUAUCGCCUUUGGAAAUAGGAGGUGAAACUAUCUUCAUAGAUGGAACACAGUUGAAAUACACCUGCCGCCCAGGCUACAGCCGAAAUACCUCCAAGACUAUACUUACCUGUGAAAAAAAUUCCUGGUAUCCUACUACUCCAUUCUGUGUCAAGAAACGAUGCCAUCACCCAGGAGAACUGAACAAUGGGAGAGUGAUUGUUAAUACAGAUCUUGAAUUUGGCUCCAAAAUAGAAUUUAGCUGCUUGGAGGGAUACAAUUUAAUUGGAUCAUCGACAAGUCAUUGUGAGAUUUUCGAAUCAGGAGUUGCCUGGAGUGAUCCUCUUCCAGUAUGUGAAAUUAUAAUUUGUCCACCACCACCACAAAUCAGCAAUGGAAGGCACAGCAGCAGAGAAGAUGGCAUCUACAGCUUUGGCUCUUCUGUGACCUACAGAUGCAACACUCCGUUCUCACUUAUAGGCAAGGCUUCUGUUUCCUGUACUGUGGUAAAUGAGACUAUUGGCACAUGGAGUCCACAGCCCCCUAUUUGCAAAAAGGUCUCCUGUAAGCAGCCACAGUUUCCAAAUGGGAAGUUAAUCUCAGGUCUUGGACCCAUCUAUACAUACAAAGAUACUAUUUUGCUUGAGUGCAACAGAGGUUACGUUCUAAAUGGCACCAAUGUGAUUCACUGUGAAGAUGACAGUCUGUGGCAUCCUGAUAUACCCACUUGUGUGAUCAAUGCCUGCAUUGAAAAACCACUCAUUGAAAAUGCUGAACUUAUAUCCCAUCGAAGAGAUGAGAAUAUGUUCUCAGUCGGCACUGUAUUAACAUUUGCAUGCAAGCGUGGAUACAAAGCUAUUCCAGAUAUAUUAUUUACUGCAACCUGCCAAGAAGAUUUUAGCUGGAGUAUGAAUGAAGGAUUUUGUAAGAAGAUUUGUUGCCCAACACCAGUGACUGAUGGAGAAACCCUACACUUCAUCAAUGACUGCAAAUACACACCAUGGACUACUUUUACCCUUCAGUGUAAAAGUUCCCGAAGAAAAAGUACAUGCCAACAAGAUGGCACUUGGAAACCUGUAAUAUCCAUGUGUGAAAAUGAAGAAGAACCUGGUUGCAGUUCACCUAAGACCAUCGCAAAUGGGAACUAUACAAUAACUGCUAGAUUUCUUAGCGUUAGUGUGGAGUAUUCAUGCAAUGAUGGAUAUGUCCUCAUUGGGAAUGCAAUAAAUACCUGCCAGCGUUCAAAAUGGUCACAUGCUUUCCCUUACUGUCAAGCUCUUUGUCCAAAACCAGAGAUAUUAAAUGGAAAAGUGUCUUCAGAGAAGACUCAGUAUCACAUCAAUGAAAGUGUCGAUGUCCAGUGUUCCCCUGGCUAUUAUUUGGUUGGCCCUCAAAUCAUCACUUGCUCAGAGAACAGACUCUGGAUCCCAGCGGUACCCAAGUGUGAAUGGGAAUUCCCUGAAGGCUGUGAGAAAGUUUCAGCAAUCUACAAGUUUAUGCAGUGUCUCCCAAAUGCCCAGGAUGUGAAAAUGGCCCUAGAGAUACAUAAACUAACCCUGGAGAUUGAGAUGUUGGAACUAGAGAUAAGAAAAAAAAAGGAUGCUAAUCAGAGCCAUCAUCACCAUUAUGUUCCCCACAAAAAAGAAAAAGACCCAUAAACCCACUUUUAUGAUUGAAGCUGUUCUGUAGGUACUCAUCCAUAGGAAUAGAUGGCUGCACUGGGAGAAUUUGCUAAUGUAUUUUAUACUGUUGAAAAUGAGAAAUUGGUGAUAAUUUGACCUGUAGUAGUCCAGUCUCCUAGACUGAGCAGCAUAGCUGGCUACUAUAAAUAAAACCCUUAGAAAAUCAAAUUGCA